UAUUUUCUGGUAGUUUCUUUUCAGAAAUAUUGAAAUGGGAAGCUUGUGGAUGUGGAGUGAAAAUUGGUGACCUCACAAACCGCCGCCGCAGACAAGGAGGAAGUCUUCAAGUUGCUUAAAUUGGUGCAUUUCUUUAGUUUCAUAACAUUCCUCUAGUAUGCAGUAAAAAAAAAAACAAAAAACAAAAAAAAACUUCCCCCUGCUGUGUCACCGGACUAUAAGAGCUGAGUUUCUAUCACUCACUUUGAUGCGACUCAUAGUGCAAAGGGCAGAGCUCAAAGCCCUCGAGGAACUGAUGAGCGCCGGUUUAUUGGUGAGGACAGGAAAACCACGCUGUCUCGCCGGGUUUGUUCCAGGUCACUGACCCAAAAAGACGCCUUCGCCUCCCGUGGUUCGGACUGCCUGACUGAUCAAACCUCCCUGUGCUGCAGUCCAUUCAUCCCUCCAGAGUCAAGGACAUAAUGUGACACAUCUCAGCCUUUGACUGACUUGAGUGACUUACACUGAGGCCACCAUGCAGGAGUGUCACACCGGACUGUGUCUCUCUGUUUACAUCAUUACCUUUGUGUUGGGCUUCCCGGCCAACAUCCUCGCCUUCUACACCUUCUGCAAGAAAGUGAGGCAGAAACCCACACCGAUUGACAUCCUGCUCCUCAACCUGACCAUCUCUGACCUCCUCUUUCUCCUGUUCCUGCCCUUCAAGAUGCAAGAGGUGCUGAACGGCAUGGUCUGGGAUAUGCCCUACCCUCUCUGUCCGCUCUCUGGCUUCAUCUUUUACAUAACCAUCUACAACAGCACCUUCUCUCUCACCGCUGUCAGCGUAGAGCGUUAUUUGGGCGUGGCUUUCCCCAUUCAGCACUCACUGAAGCGGCGACCUUUAUAUGCUGUUGCUGCCAACAUCUUCUUCUGGAUUUUCACCUUCCUCCACCUCAGCAUUGUGUAUAUCAUACCCUUAAUUGGAGAAGACUCCCCCACAGUUCACAAUGUGUCAGUUAUUGCUGCCACUGAUGUCAGCAAGACAGAAGUAUGUUAUGAGAAUUUCAGUGAUGCUCAGCUGCGGGUCCUCCUGCCUGUGCGUCUGGAGCUCUGUGUGGUGCUUUUCUUUAUCCCUUUAAUAAUUUGCAGUUUCUGCUACAUCAACUUUAUCAGGAUUCUGUCCAAGCUGCAACACAUUGACCGACGCCGACGCCUCCGGGCCAUUGGCAUGGCUUUAGGAACACUGCUGGUAUUCGCUUUAUGUUUUGGCCCCUAUAAUGUCUCUCACAUUGUGGGUUUUAUCACAUGGAGAAGUCCAGACUGGAGAGACAAGGCCCUGCUGUGCAGCACCUUUAACGCAUGUCUAGAUCCUCUUAUUUUCUACUUCUCGUCCUCUGCUGUGAGAGGGACAGUAGGUAGCGUGAUGAAAGGGGUUAAAAGCCGUCUCAACAGGUGCAUGUCCUGUCACAUGCUCCAGGCCUUGAGGAGAGGAAUUAACAAGACUGCAAAAGAUAAGGAACACACACAAGAGGAGAUCAAUACUAUCUGAGCUGACUGAAAAGGAGCUGUGAAAAGCUCCCUCUACUAAUUUGUUAUUUCUUCAUCGCUGCAAGCAGGAAAUUAAUGCCAUGUUUGUGUUUUUACACGUGAAAAGAUGACUUGGCUGUAUACAGCGCAGACAGAUUUUGUUUAACCGUCUGAUGAACCUUCUGUUUGGGAAUGAGACAAGGCGGGUAACCUUCUGUCAGCCUGAGCUGAUUGUUUUUAUGUAGUAUAAUGUGUAAAGCCACAGAGGCAGCCUAAUUUGAACUGUCAGAUUUAAAAAAAAAUUAAAAUCUUACAUAAAGUAACAAGAUUUCAUAAGCGCUCCAUUGAUGAACUCAGAUGCUGCAGAAUAUCGUGGUAGAGGUGGAAACAAAAUAAAUAUCUAAGCAACAGCUUUGGACGUCAUCUCUACAUAAUGAGAGGUGACGCUUUUCGGGCAGCUUUAAUCGUGGACAUGUUACGUUGUCUGUUUGCAACAACAUCUUCAUUAUGUACCAAGUGUUGGUGGUGAAAGAAGAGAAUGGACGUGUAAGAUCUGACAGCAGAUAUGUGAACAGGGCUUUGUACAAAGAACCUCAAAAAUGCAGUCAUGCACUUUUUAUCUGACAAUAUGUUUGUAUAUUUUGCCAUUUUUCUUGCAUAAUAAUGGCCAUUUUCAUGCAAUCUUUGUCUGUGUGUAUGGACUUAUGUAAAAUAUAUGUGACGUCUGCAUGCGGAUUUUGUAAUAUAAAAUAAAAAAUAUAUUUUCAUACGCAAAUCAUAGAAACAGAAAUUUUACAUAAUUUAUGACUUGACUCUUAGAUAAUUUCAUGAAAACAUCACUCUGGUGCUUGUGUUUGUGUGUGUCCAUUCAUGUGUGUGUACAUAAUGGAAGAGACCAAAAGUGACACACACAAACACUAUUUUCAUAAGCAAAACAUAAAAUUAUAAAUGCACACAUAUUAACUACGGCACAGCCAGCUGUCAUGUAAAACGUGACUUUGUUUAUGUGAGUGUGUGUUUGUACAUGAAAGAGGAGAGAUAAGGACUAAUUUGUUUUUGAAAGAGAGAAUGAGAAGAUUGCAUAUAAAUUUCACAUGAAUUAAGCCAUGUUGUAUGAAAUAUAUUGCUUUUUUUUUUUACUUUAUUAUGACAUAAAAUAAAAUAAG